AUGAAGAAGGUUUCUCUUUAUGCUUGUUUAUUACUCAACUUGAGUCUUUUGGUUAUUUUUCCAUAUAGCAAAGCUACUCAGGCUGAUAAACUUGAUGAGUUGAUUCUGUCCAGAAGCUCACAGAAUCCUCCUAAGACUCUUUCUUGGGAAGAAGAAGAUGCAUUGAAAACACAGUCUUCUUCUUCUGCUUAUGUUGUUCCUCCUCAAGAGGGGCAUAUGCUAGCUGACAAGAUUGUCACAUUGCCUGGUCAACCCUAUGGAGUGAAUUUUGACCAAUACUCAGGCUAUGUCACAGUUGAUCAUGAGGCUGGGAAAGAACUUUUCUAUUAUUUUGUGGAGUCUCCAUAUAACUCUUCAACUAAACCUUUAAUAUUGUGGCUCAAUGGAGGACCUGGUUGUUCCUCACUGGGGUAUGGAGCCUUUGAGGAGCUAGGACCCUUCAGAAUCAACUCUGACGGCAAAACUCUAUACCGUAACCCAUAUGCUUGGAACGAAGUUGCAAAUAUACUUUUCUUGGAAUCUCCAGCAGGAGUAGGCUUUUCGUACUCGAACACUACUUCUGACUAUGAAAAUUCCGGAGAUAAGACAACUGCAAAGGAUGCUUAUGUCUUCCUUAUCAAUUGGCUGGAGAGGUUUCCACAGUACAAAACAAGAGGUUUUUACAUAACUGGAGAAAGUUAUGCUGGUCAUUAUGUUCCUCAACUAGCAUCCACUAUUCUUCAAAACAAUAAACUCUAUAACCAAAUCAUUAUUAACCUCAAAGGAAUUUCUAUAGGAAAUGCUUGGAUUGAUGAUGUUACAAGUUUGAAAGGGAUAUUUGAUUAUUUUUGGACUCAUGCUUUGAAUUCAGAUCAAACUCAUGAGUUGAUUGACAAGUACUGUGACUUCGCUUCUGAAAAUGUUUCAGCAAUAUGUGUCAAUGCAACAACUAGAGCUUCAAUUGAGAUAGGAAACAUAGAUUUCUAUAACAUCUAUGCUCCACAAUGUCACGACUCUUCUCUCAAAAAUGGCUCAACUGGUUAUGUAAGUAAUGAUUUUGACCCUUGUUCUGAUCACUAUGGUAUUUCCUAUUUCAAUAGACCAGAGGUCCAAAAGGCUCUUCAUGCAAAACCUACAAAUUGGAGCCAUUGCAGUCGUGUUAUUCGGACCUGGAAAGACAGUCCAGUUACAAUUCUUCCCACCAUCAAGUACCUCAUUGACAGUGGCAUUAAAUUAUGGAUAUACAGUGGUGAUACCGAUUCAGUGGUUCCAGUUACAUCUUCGAGAUAUUCAAUCAACACUCUCAAGCUCCCUAUCAACUCCGCUUGGCGUCCAUGGUAUUCUGGAAAAGAGAUUGGAGGAUAUGUGGUGGGAUACAAAGGAUUAACAUUUGUUACAGUAAGAGGAGCAGGACAUCUUGUUCCAAGCUGGCAACCGGAACGAGCUUUGACUUUGAUCUCAUCGUUCGUCUAUGGAAUCCUACCUCCUGUUUCACCAUCAAAUUAA